AUGAUCACGUCGCCAUCGUCACCAGCAGAAACGUCGGGCUAUGAUCGCCGACUCAGUGGACGGAUAGUAGACGUAGUGGUGAUCAGUGUAGUGGUGAUCAGUGUAGUGGUGAUCAGUGUAGUGGUGAUCAGUGUAGUGGUGAUCAGUGUAGUGGUGAUCAGUGUAGUGGUGAUCAAUUUAGUGGCGAUCAGUGUAGUGGUGAUCAGUGUAGUGGUGAUCAGUGUAGUGGUGAUCAGUGUAGUGGUGAUCAGUGUAGUGGUGAUCAAUGUAGUGGUGAUCAGUGUAGUGGUGAUCAGUUUAGUGGUGAUCAGUGUAGUGGUGAUCGGUGUAGUGGUGAUCAGUUUAGUGGUGAUCAGUGUAGUGGUGAUCAGUGUAGUGGUGAUCAGUGUAGUGGUGAUCAGUGUAGUGGUGAUGAUCAGUGUAGUGGUGAUGGUG